UGUUGUGUUGUACUUGUCAUUCAGACAUCCCAGGAAUCCAACACGACUAGAAACAGCCAGGGCAACAGGACCAGGACAUUUUAAGCUAAAGUUGUACGUCCUUGUUUCGGUAAAAGGUCAAGGAAAAUAUCGGUCGUUGCCAAAGAAGUACAAGUGUAAAAAAAAAGCGGAUUUUACAGAUAUUGCAGCAUGCAGAUGUGAGUGCAGCCAUCCUGCUACCCUUUACUGCUACGCUGGACUGAGUGGCAUCCUCUUCAUCCCCUUCAUCGUCAUCAUACAUGCUCUUACAUGAAGAGAGGGGAGAAACCCGAAGGAUACAGACAGGCGAGACCCAAAAUUCCUGCCAGCAACUACAGCGCCAACAGCCAACACAUGCUGCAGGAAAUAAGGAACAGUCUGCGCAAUUUAUCCAGACAAUCGGACCCCCCUAAAGCAGACUCUGGAGGAGCUGUAAAAAUGCCUCCGGAGGACUCAAGGCAACAGGGGCGAUGCAGCAACCCCAAACACCCCUACCACAAGGCCUUACAGGAGAUCCGCAAGUCCCUGAUGCCUUUUGCCAAUGAGCCGAGUACUUCAGGACCUGAGGGGAACAAACACAUGUCUCUGGAAAGUCCCUGCGCUGGGUUCGACGAGAGCAACAGUCGCAGUAUGGGGGCAGUUAUAGACUACAGUGGUAAGGUGAUCUACCAGGACCCGAUGAGGGAACAGAAGCUUGCUGCCAACCCCAACUCUACCGGUCUGAAAGCCCCAGGAAGUUCUCACAUCUCGCAGCCUGUGCUGAGGAGGCCGAGCUGGAAAGGCUCUAAGGAGUCUUUGGCCCCUCGUCACGUCAUAGUGGAUGGAGUGAUAUACCGCUCAGACAGCCCGGGGCCCCCUCCCUCCUUUCCCCCCGCUAACAACCAGAGAGUGAACCCUCCCCUCCCGCCUCAGGUGCGCAGUGUCACACCUCCUCCCAACCGCUGCGCCGUGCCUAAUACAUCAUCCUGGGACCCAUCAACCAAGCGCUACUCCGGCAACAUGGAUUACCUCGGGGCCCGCAUCUCUCCGGGGCCUCCGGGGGCCUGGCCUGACGGGUACCAGUCAUCAGCCCCUCAGAAUCAGCGUGGGAUCAGCCCGGUCCCUGUGGGUCACCAACCCAUCAUAAUGCAAAGCUCUGGGGGCAACAAGUUCACCUUCCCCCCCCCCCACUGGUCUCAGAAUGGCUCCGCCCAGCCGGACUACAUCCCGGCUGGCAGCAGACAGCCCCCCCCUCCGUACGCGGUCAACCAGAGCAGGCACAGUCCCACGGAUCAGCAGUCAGGAGGACCCGCCUCCUCUCCCUCGUACGCCAACGGUGGAAACAUCCCUACGUCCAUGAUGGUGUCCAACAGGCACAGUUACAACCUUGACCUGUACAACAUAGGUCUUCCUCAGUCCUGGGCCCCCAGCCAGCCCUCUGGAAACAGCAGCACCCAGGACCUGUCUCCGUCGUGGCAACACAACGUGCCCCCCCGCUCCAACUCCUUCAACAACCACCAGCUGAACAGCAGGGCGGCCCACCAGUCCAGCUCCCAGCCCUCCGCCACCACCGUCACGGCCAUCACACAGGCCCCCAUCCUGCAGCCGGUCAAAAGCAUCCGUGUGCAGAAACCUGAGCUCCACACUGCCGUCGCCCCCACGCACCCUCCAUGGAUGCAGCAGCCGCCCCCACCCCUUCAAGCUGCUCCUGCUUACCCAGAACCCCCAGCCCCUGUACCCCAGAUCGCUGUUGUAGCAGAGGUCCCGAGCUACCAGGGCCCCCCUCCACCUUACCCCAAGCAUCUCCUCCAACAGCAGGCUGCAUCCGCCCCACCUGCCUACGACCCGGGGGUCAACAAGCGCAACUCAGGCCGAGAGGAGGCGGCUGAGGCGGAGAGCAGCAGCAACGACGGCUCCCGGGACAAAACCACAGAAAGCGCCACGGAGAAGGAGAAGAAGCAAAUCACGACGUCACCCGUUCCCGUGCGACGCAACAAGAGGGACGAAGAGCCGAGAGGGGAGUCAGGACGAGUCGCUCUGUACUCCCCCCAGGCCUUCAAGUUCUUCAUGGAGCAGCAUGUGGAGAACAUCCUCAAGAACCACCAGACGAGGAUUCGGAGGAGGAAGCAGCUGGAAAGUGAGAUGCAAAGGGUGGGCUUGUCUUCAGAAGCUCAGGAGCAGAUGCGCAUGAUGCUCUGCCAGAAAGAGUCCAACUACAUCCGGCUAAAGCGAGCCAAGAUGGACAAAUCCAUGUUCAAACGAAUCAAGAUGCUCGGCAUCGGAGCGUUUGGAGAGGUGUGCCUGGCCAGAAAAGAGGACACCGGAGCGCUGUACGCCAUGAAGACGCUCCGCAAGAAGGACGUGCUGCUGAGGAACCAGGUGGCCCACGUGAAGGCUGAGAGGGACAUCCUGGCCGAGGCCGACAACGAGUGGGUGGUGCGUCUCUACUACUCCUUCCAGGACAGGGACAACCUGUACUUUGUCAUGGAGUACAUCCCCGGAGGAGACAUGAUGAGCCUCCUCAUCCGGCUGGGAAUCUUCAAAGAAGAACUCGCCCAGUUCUACAUCGCCGAGCUCACCUGCGCCGUGGAGAGCGUCCACAAGAUGGGCUUCAUCCACCGAGACAUCAAGCCCGACAACAUCCUCAUAGACCGGGACGGACACAUCAAACUGACCGACUUCGGCCUGUGCACCGGCUUCCGCUGGACGCACGACUCCAAGUAUUACCAGAGUGGUGACCAUGUGAGGCAGGACAGCAUGGACUUCAGUAAGGAGUGGGAGGACGCGGCAGACUGCCGCUGCACGGAGCGCCUGAAGCCUCUGGAGCGGAGGAAGGCCCGGGAGCACCAGCGCUGUCUGGCCCACUCUCUGGUCGGGACGCCCAACUACAUCGCUCCAGAAGUGCUGCUCCGAACAGGCUACACCCAGCUGUGUGAUUGGUGGAGUGUGGGCGUCAUCCUGUAUGAGAUGGUUGUCGGACAGCCUCCCUUCUUGGCGAACACGCCUGUGGAGACGCAGAUGAAGGUGAUAAACUGGAAGAACAUGCUGAACAUUCCCCCGCUGGCCAAGCUCAGCCCCGAGGCGUCGGAUCUCAUCGUGAAGUUGUGCCGCAGCCCGGAGGACCGCGUGGGGAAGGGCGGCGCCGACGAGAUCAAAGCUCAUCCCUUCUUCCAGAACAUUGAUUUCUCCAGCGACUUGCGGCAACAGGCGGCGCCGUACGUCCCCACCAUCGCUCACUCCACGGACACCUCCAACUUCGACCCCGUGGACCCCGAUAAAAUGUGGAGCAGCGACAGCGACGGAGAGGACAACCUCAACGACACGCUCAACGGCUGGUUCCGCAACGGAAAACACCCCGAACACGCCUUCUACGAGUUCACCUUCCGCCGCUUCUUCGACGACAACGGCCACCCGUACAGCUGCCCCAAGCCCAUCGAGUACGAGAGCUACGAGGGGGAGGAGGCGGAGUCUGAGGCCCAGGUGGCUGCUGGGAGCUCAGCGACGGAGGGCCGAGACUUGCUGUACAUUUAGAGACUAAUGGAGGAGAGGAGAGGAGACAGGAAAACACACUUAUUCCAUUUUUGCCAAGCAUUAGAUCAAUACUACAGUUCACGGAAAAUAAGUAGGCUUCAUUUAUAUCGUUGACAUUCAAUUUCUGAAUCUACAUUUAAAUGCUGUUCAGUUGUGGGGUUUCCCUGCAGGUCUAUUCAUCUCUUCAAAACCUGUUUUUUCUGCACAGUUGCAGAUAGAGAUAAAACUACACUGAUAUUAUUAGUCCUAUACUGUUUGUUGAACCGUAUUGCAUCGGUGAGCCGAACAUUUUCAAUAAUUUCCGAGCAUUGUCGAGUCUAAAAGUCAAAUUUAGUAUUUAAACGUGAACAAAAAAAUGACUGUAGACAUUCAGAGCUAUAUUUGAAACCCUCAAAAGAAAGGACUUCCGGUACAGCUCUUCAGACAUAAAUGGUAUCGCUCUGCUCAUCCAACUCUCAGCAGAAAUCCGAAUGAGCUCUGGAUGUUUGAAAGCGACUGUACGAUGUUUGCUGCCUGAAGAAUAGAAAGCUGAGUUAAAUCAGGGUGCUCUCUUUGAUGACGGUACGCAAACAAGCCUUAAUUUAUUUAAGAAAUUGUAACUGGUGAUGCUAGUGUAGCUGCUGUUUGAGUGUGGGGAUUGUUUGUAUUUCAUUUAAAGGUUAGAACGUUAAUUUAUAUUUUAAUUUCUGUUGAAAUGGGGAUUUAGUUUUGUGACUGGUAGACAUUUGCAGGGAUAAAUCGCUCUAAUUCAUUGCUGUGCCUUUUUUUAAAUUAUCUUCCACCAAAUAUACAGAGGGUUAAUAAUCAUUUUAAAAAUGAGAGUAGCAGUAGCUGAUUGAACUACAGUAGGGUUUGUUUUAUUUUUCUAAUUUAUACUUAAAAUGUAUUUAUAAAUUAUACAGUUGAUGUAAAUAGUUUAUCUUCCCUGUCAGCUGAUUUCUUUUCUUUUAGGGCAGGCCCUCUGUCACUGCUGCUGAUUCCAGUUAAUGUUGCUCUUCUGUCUCAAAACACUAAAUCACAGAACUUUUAAGUAUUGUUGUUAACCCCUCAGCAUUCAGACUUUUAUACUCGUCUCCACCAAAGUACUAACGGCCCGUCCACACUACAGC